CUGCGCACGACCCCCAGAAGGAGCUCGGGCCCCGGCAGCCCCCUCAGUACGACGUGAGGAAGGGUCCCUGCGCCGCCGUCCGCGCACAGCGAGGUUUGUGCGCGAGGUACCGAGUGCGGACCGCAAGAUGGCCGCCCUCAACAAAAAUGGCGCCUGCGGCCCGCGCCCGCAAACAAAAUGGCGGCCGCGCGGGAGAGCUGGAGGGAGAUGAUUGGUUCCUAGGGGCCUUGUCCCGCCCCUUGCGUCCCAGCGGCCAAUGGGAGCGCUCCUUACCGCACGGGGGCUGGUAGCCGCCCGGCGCUGCCAAGCCCUCAGCUGCGGAGCAGGCUCCGCCGCUUCCACGAAGGUGCGGUGCUCCCGGGAUCGGGAGAAGGGCGGCAGCGGCCUGGGGGCUUUCCGGGCUCGGCUGUGCCGCGCCGCGGCCCGGGCACGCUGCCUUAGUGGAGCGCACGGCCCUCGACUGUACCCUGGGGCUGAAGGCCGCGCUGCCUCGGGCGGCUCCGAGGGGCGAGAGGCCCCCACGCACCGCUGUGGUGAUCGCUGUGGGUCCCGGUGCGGGAGGCUGAGCUGCGCCCAGACCCGGGCCCCGCCGGGCACCGAGCAGCGGGCAGAGGGGCACCCGGGAACACGGGGCGCAGCCAAAAGGCACAGCACCGGGCUGCUCCAUGUCGAGGAGGCUGCGGAGGAGCAGGAGGCUGGAAAAGCAGUGGCAGAGCCUGGAGGAGAGAGGCAGCGCGCAGCCGGACCCGCACCCUGCACUUGCCAGAUCCAGAACCUACGACGCCUCCACCUGCACCGAGACCCCGGAGGCAUCAGGUCACCCAGGAUCCCUAAACCCGCUCAGCAAGCACUGUGCUGCCUUCCAUAAAGCCUUUGAGGAGAUCGCAGGGCGCGAGGCUCUGCUGGCUUCCUUCUCCUGCGCCUGGCAGCGUGAGGUGCCCUACCACGGCCGCCUCUAUGUCUCCUCCGGGCACCUCUGCUUCCACGCCAGCCUGCUGCUCAGGGACAUCAAGGCUGUUGUCCCGGUGGCUUCUGUCUGUGCCUUCAAGAAGACCAACACGGCACUGCUGGUGCCCAACGCACUCAGCAUCCGCACGGAGCAGGGAGACAAGUUCCUCUUUGUGUCGCUGCGCCGGCGUGAGGCCACCUACCAGCUGCUGAAAUCGCUCUGCAGACACCUGCAGGACGACACCUGGAGCCCCCCAGCCUCUCCCCUCAACCACAGCAGUGAGCAAAGCCCUACGAAAUCCUUGACCUCGAGCCACUCAGAUUUGGAGCAGUGCACACCGGAGCCUGACGGUCUCCUGGAGCAGCAGGAUGAGCCGAACCCGAUGCUGAACAGAGCAGAGGAGGAUGAGGAAAAAGAGGAGGAGACGGCAGAGGCCAUUCCAGUUCUGGGCAGAGGGCGACCCCGCACAGCACUGCCAGCCCGAAGCGCCGCACAGCUGUGUGCUUUCAACACCAUCAUCGUGCUCUACCUGCUGCUGAUGGUGGUUUUGCUGCUGACCUCGGGGUACAUCGGGCUGCGCAUCCUGGAGCUGGAGCAGCAGCUGGCGGCCAUGGGGGCUUGGCCAGAGCUCAGCCUGGUGCAGCGGCACAAGAAGACGUGAGGCCAGCAGGGACCUGGCUGGCACCGGGCCACCAGCACAUGGGACCGGCUCUGGGACCCCCCAGAAGGUGGGGGGGAGGAGGGGGUC